UCCGGCCGGCGGCAAAAUGGCGGCGGGGGUGGCGGAGCUGCGGCGGCUGCAGUGGCGGUUGGAGGAGCUGGAGCAGCGCGUCGGCGGCGGCGAUGGGGCCUGCGGGCCGCGCAAGGUGGCAGACGAGCUGGUGAAGGUGCAGGUGGCGCUGAGCAAUAUCGCCGGCAAGAGAGAGAGGAUCAAAAUCCUGUUCAAGAAAAUUGAAGAUGUAAUAAAAUACCUCGACCCUCAGUACAUUGAUAGGAUGGCUGUUCCGGAUGCCAUGAAGCUGCAGUUCAUUUUGGCAGAGGAGCGGGUUAUUCCUUCCCGAGCAGCUCUUCUGGAGCAGGUGAAGAACCUCCAACCCAUCUUGGACAGUGCCAGUAUCCAAGCGGUUCCUGACCAUGCAACCAAACUACAGCGACUCUCUCAAAUCCAUAUACAGCAGCAGGAACAGCGUCACGAUCUCACUGACAGCGUCAAGACACUCCUUGAAGACUACAACAAAAUGACCCUGCUUCUGUCCAAGCAGUUUGUCCAGUGGAAUGAAAUACUGAUGCGGCUGGAAGCAGCCAAGGAAGCAAAACCUGCAGCAGAGUGAUGGCAGAGCCAGGAGCGUGGAGAACCCCAGGGACCUUGCUGGCCUUGGGGCGCUCAGGAGAGGCAGCAGCACAGCUUGCACCCUGCCAUCUCGGCAUCUUCCCACUUGGCUUGAGCAUGCUACAAGUGACGUCGCAGGCUCUUGGGGGCACCCUGGCACUGUGGCUGAGCUGUGUCGGCCCCGAAUCGAAGCCACGCUACUCCUUAAUAUGCCACUCUUUGCAAAUCUUGCACUUCCUUGAAAUACGUUUUGGUUUAACAUAUUUAAAAAUCUCUUUCUGCUCUUCCUGAGGACCAUAGUAAAGUCCUGAAAUGCUAA